GUACAGCAGCACGGGUAUACGGAGUUCAUUUAAAGUACACUUAAUUUUCAAUAAAAACGUGAAUUUAAAUUGUAUAGAACUUCGGAUUUUAUGGCUUGACAGUGAAGGCACCAUGAGUCAGUCACGACUGCAGAUACUUUUGGCGCCGGGUGACUACUGGAUUAUUUUUCGCUAAAUUCUCUCGUUUAAUUCUUACCUAGUGUAAAAAUCGAAAACAGAAGUUUAUCUUCCAACUAUAUUUUCACACAAGGGUGCUUUAACGUAGCCUUUGAACGUUAGCCCCUUGAGAAUUCUGUUUAAUGCAAAUUGUCAAACUGCUAACUAGCAAUGCUACUUGUUGUUAGCCUGUCAAAUCAAUAGCAUAACUACCAGGCCUAUUUUUUACAUUUUCCUUAGCCACAGUUAUUCAGUUAAUUUAACUAUGAUGAGAAGGAAUGAAAAUCAGCCAAGCAGACCAACAUCAGGCUGCGUCUCGGUGCCGCUCUUCAAUCAGAAGAAAAGGAAUCGAAUUCCCUUGACGUCGACUCCCUCUGAGAAUAAAUUCUUUUCUCACACCGAGUUCAUGCCAAGUACCAUCUCAGCAACCCAUGGUGCUUCAGGUGCUUACCAGGCCUCGAGUUCCUCUUCAGAUUCUCAUCCAAGUCAGCAAUGGAACAAACAGGACAAGCCGCCCCCACAACAUGGCAGUUAUAGACCUGCCCCAACAAUGAGAUCCUACACGCCUAUAGUGCAUCCGUACAAAUUUGGACAAAGCAGCAACCCGGUGAAACAGGAUGAUUCCAGGUCCGUUGUCACGUCCAGACAGACCCAAUAUCAAACCUCCACCGUUAGUCAGCAGAGACCUCAUUUUGGGUUCUCUCAGACGAGCCAGCAGUCUGCUCACACACAGUUCAGACCUCUGCCUCCCCCUGUCCAGCCACCCAGCGCGUUAGCUGCUCAGACAAAACAGUUGCCAAACAAAUGGAAUUUUACAAACAGUUUUGGACCACAGAAUUCCAUCUUUGUGGGAAAAAAGAAGUCAAACAAACCCCAGACUCGAACUCCAAAGGGUGAGAAUAAUCCAAAAGAAACACCUUUUGAUAACUCACUCCGGAUCUUGACAGCAGUAAUUGAUGGCAUGAGACACUGGAGUCAGUUUAAAGACAAAGUGCCGCACUUUUUUGAGAUAUUUGCUACUCUCGACUCUGCUGUCACCCUCGGUCGCCAUGGAUCUAAAAACUUCCUCUUGAGAGAUGGCAAGGAGGUUGUGCAGUGUAUCUUCUAUGAAAAUGAGCAAGAACUACCUCGACUGAUCCGUGGUCAAGUUCACCGCUGUGUGGGUAACUAUGAUCGUCGCCAAGAUGUGCUGGUGUGUGUGUCGGUCAGGUCCGCCCAGCCCUCAGAGGUCAGGAACGGUCAAGAGGCCAUCAAAGCUUGCGAUGCUCACAUGCGGAAACUCGUCAGAUUGCUUUGCGAAGUCUGACUACUUCAAUUGUUACAGCGUAUAAGACAUAGCAUUGUUGACACAGAGUUCUAAUUGCUAUACAGUAACAUAUGCAACAUUUAAAAGGCUUUUUUGGGUUCAUAAAAGGUUCAGAUUGAUUUGCGGUGUCGUGGUGAAACAAAAACACAGUUGGAACUUGUAUUGGGUUGUGCAGUUAAUAAAAAAAUAAUUGGAACUGUAAACAGUCUUCCUUUUUAGAAUGAUUUAUUAUUACAAAGAAAAUCACAGACCAUCAAUCAAUGUUAAAAGAGGAAUUCUGAUAAAGCAACCACAAUGAGGUAAUCUCUCAAUACAACUUUCAAAAACAGGCAGUUAGGACUGACAUGAUAUAUAAAGUACAGUCAUUUUAUGUACAGUCAAACGUCACGAUGGAGGGGGAAAGAAAAAGCAAACAGUAGGUUUAAUCUACCAAAAACACCAGUGCUGAGACUUCACACACAGUGGUUCAAACAAGAAAAAGGGCAAAAAGACCAGUCUGUCCCACAGUAUGAGGUCCCACAGGUAUGUCUUUCCCAAAUUCCCAACCUUUUUUCAAAUAUGGCAGCCUUAUACGGCAAUCAUUUGUUGGUGUCAAGGUAUGGCAGCAAUGGCAGAAUCGAGAACUGGACGUUUCACCCUUAAUCUAAAAUGCUUCUUGGGUAUUUAUGUCUCGGGUGGGUGCGUACAAUAGAGUUGUCGUUGCAACUCAUUAGUGGGCACUCUUCCGGUGCAAUGAGACAAUCUUUGGGGGAGAGAUGUCAGCACAUGCAAGAAGAAACAAGAAUAGUCCGGUUGCCAUGAUUCCACCUUUAUGGAUGACCACGACCGGGAUGACUGAGAAUCUACACAGACAUGUUUUUUUGGAAUAUUGUCCAUCAUGCACAAUCCCAAUGUGAGUUCUAGAUCAGUGGUCCCUAACCUUUUUAUUAUAGCACCUCUUGGCCAGGUUGGCUUGGCAAAUGAACUGCCUUACUUGGAUAAAUAAAGGUUCAAUAAAAUAAAAUAAAUAUACAUCACUGUUUGAUGUGUGUGGUAACAGGCAGUGUGCUAGUAUGAAUUAACUUGAGAUUGUGCACCGAAUAAAUAUGCACAUUAGCACUCAGUAACGUCCUCAAACCUUACCUUUAUG